AUGGAGGAGCUGCAAGCCAAACACCGCAAGGAACAGAAAGACCUCCAAGCGAAGAUCACCCAGAAGAAGAAGUCUGCCACCAAGAAAACCCGCAAGGGCAUCAACGAUGAAUGCGACCGACUGCAGCGGGAGCUCACGGAGCGACAACAGGCACAGCUGGCGGAGCUGAGCGGCGAGCCCGUCGACGGUCUCGAGGACCUCAGCCUCCACGACAGCAAGUCCGAUGACGGUGAUAAUGACGUGACGAGCAAAGACGAAGUCAACAUUCCCACAGAUGAUCCCUCGGUCUCCACGACGACGACGACGACGACGACGACGCCCCCAACCAGCAACAGCAACAGCACGACCACCACCGACACCCCGCAGCCCUCCGGCGCGCGCCCCAAGAAGCCGAACCGCCAAAAGGCCCGUCUCGCGCGUCGUGCAGCCGAGCAAGCGGCCCAGUCGGCCAUAGCAGCGGAGGAGGCCGCGAACCAGACCGACCAUCGGGGCAACGAGAAGGAGGUUAUGGACGCCGUGUUCAAGCGCUUGCAGCUGAAGGAGAUCGAGAUUAACCCGGACGGGCAUUGUCUGUAUUCCGCGAUUGCGAGUCAACUGGAUGAGAUGGGUGUGGGUCUCAAACCGGAUCCCAAGAGGAUGAUUCUCCAGGCUCCCACCCAGUCGCGGGUGGAUACGGUCACUUUCCCAAAGCACGACGGGUACCGAGCAGUCCGGGCGGUGGCCGCGGACUUCAUUGCUGAACAUAAAGAUGACUUUGAGGCAUUCAUGGAGGAGCCGCUGGAUCAAUACACCAGGAAGAUCAAGCUGACUGCCGAGUGGGGUGGACAGCUCGAGCUGCAGGCGCUUGCGAGGGCAUACGGCGUCGAGAUCAAUGUAAUACAAGGCGAUGGGAGGAUCGAGAAGAUAGAGCCGGGUGAUGUGGAUGGACUUGAUGACGAAGAGAGGCGUAAGCGGGUCAUCUGGCUGGCAUACUACAGGCAUACAUAUGGGCUUGGGGAGCAUUACAACGCACUAUCGAAGCAGUCCUAG